AUGGUCAUCGCUGAGUUCCACAAUCAUCGUAUUAUCCAAUGGAAGGUGGGUGAUACGAAUGGACAAGUAGUAGCUGGUGGCCAUGGACAUGGAAAUCGAUUGGAUGAAUUGAAUGGUCCAACUGAUGUGCUGAUCGACAAAGAGACGAAUAGUCUCAUUAUUUGUGAUCAAUUGAAUCGACGAGUCGUACGAUGGUCUCGUCGUAGUGACACGACUCAAGGAGAAAUCCUUCUCGACAACAUCAGUUGUUCGGGAUUGGCCAUGGAUCACCAAAGAUAUCUCUACAUCUCUGACUUCGAGAAACAUGCAAUAAGACGAUAUCAAAUAGAAGGAGACAAGAAUGGAACUAUCAUGGCUGGUGGUCAUGGCAAAGGUGAUGGUCUCAAUCAACUCAACGAGCCUAGAUACCUCUUUGUCGAUCAACAACAGACUGUCUACGUGUCAGACUACUUCAAUCAUCGUGUGAUGAAAUGGAAUAAAGGUGCAAAAGAAGGAAUUGUCGUCGCUGGGCAUAAAGGCAACGGAAAUGCUCUGACACAAUUGUCGCUUCCUGUAGGACUGUUCGUCGAUACAUUAGGUACCCUCUAUGUGACAGAGUUGGGGAAUCGUCGAGUGAUGCGCUGGCCUAAAGGAGCGAAACAGGGUACUGUCAUUGUGGGUGGAAAUGGUGAAGGAACAGGAGCUAAUCAGUUCAGCGCUCCCUUCGGUUUGUCCUUCGAUCGACAUGGCAAUCUCUAUGUCGCCGAUAGUUAUAAUCAUCGUGUUCAACAAUUUUCAAUCGAAUAG